AGGGGUGAGGGGGGGGGGGGGGCUCACACCCUUUCCUCCCCGCCCUCCCGCCGCCAGCCAGUCGCUCAGCCUCAGAGGCACAGGCAGAGGGCGCCUGAGCCAUGUCCGCCCCCUGCGGCCGCUGCCGCCGCUCAGCUCCACGCGUUGAGGAGGCUCCAGCACCCGGGGCCCCGCAGCCGCUGACAGGCGUCCUGCGAGCCAAGGCAGGAGAGUGAGUUGAGCGGCUCGCUCUCCCCCGCGCCGGCUUCGCCUAGUCCAUGGGGCUGCGCUGCGUGUGUGCAGGCAGGGGGCUGCAGCAGAAGGAGGAAGCCCCAUUGGUGUGAGCAGCUGCGCUCUCCCUCUCCUCCCUGCCCUGCCUCACCUCCCUGCUCCUGAGCGAGCCCGGCUCGGAUGUCCGGUUUCCUGGUGGCUUUUCACCUGGCAAACUCCAGCUAACUUCGGUGAGCAAUUGCACAGCGGCCGGGCGCGUUGGGAGCUCCCUUGCUGGGAGCUGGUGCUGCUGCAUCUUCUCCAUCCCAGGGAUUCUGCCGCCUUGGAUCUUGGGGGGAGGCAACCAACAAAGCCAAGGAGCCUCACGAUUCCCCGUACACUCCUCAAGCUCCCCCCGCCCCGCCACGCACCCACCCUGCCAUCCUUGCACAAUGCACUUGCUGGGAUUAUUCUCUCUGGUUUGCUAUCUGGCUGCUGCUGCUCUGCUGCUGGGACCCAGGGAGCCGGCCACCGCCGCUGCCUAUGAAUCCGGGCAGGGCUACUACGAGGAGGAGCCCGAUUUGGGGGAAGCAAAGGCUCAUGCAAGCAAAGAGCUGGAAGAGCAGUUGCGGUCUGUGUCCAGUGUGGAUGAACUCAUGACAGUACUUUACCCAGAGUAUUGGAAAAUGUUCAAAUGUCAGUUGAGGAAAGGGGGCUGGCAACACAACAGGGAACACUCCAGCUUCGACCCAAGAUCAGAUGAUUCAGUAAAAUUUGCAGCAGCACAUUAUAAUGCAGAGAUCUUGAAAAGUAUUGAUAAUGAAUGGAGGAAAACUCAGUGCAUGCCACGCGAGGUGUGUGUAGAUGUGGGGAAAGAGUUUGGAGCAACAACAAACACCUUCUUUAAACCCCCAUGUGUAUCCAUCUACAGAUGUGGAGGUUGCUGCAAUAGUGAGGGGCUGCAAUGUAUGAAUAUCAGCACAAGUUACAUCAGCAAAACGUUAUUCGAGAUUACCGUGCCGCUGUCUCAUGGCCCUAAACCUGUAACAGUAAGUUUUGCUAAUCAUACGUCGUGCCGAUGCAUGUCUAAGCUGGAUGUUUACAGACAAGUUCAUUCAAUCAUUAGACGCUCCUUGCCAGCCACGCAACCACAGUGUCACGUGGCAAACAAAACUUGUCCAAAGAAUCUUAUCUGGAAUAAUCAGAUUUGCAGAUGUCUGGUGCAGCAUGACUUCAGUUUCUCUUCCCAUCAUGGAGAUACUGACACUGCUGACGAAUUCCAUGAUAUCUGUGGACCUAACAAAGAGCUUGACGAAGAAACCUGUCAAUGUGUCUGCAAAGGGGGUGUACGGCCUUCAAGCUGUGGACCCCAAAAAGAAUUAGAUAGAACAUCGUGCCAGUGUACAUGUAAAAACAAACUUUUGCCUAGUUCUUGUGGUCCCAACAAAGAAUUUGAUGAAGAUAAGUGCCAGUGUGUAUGUAAAAGAACCUGCCCUAAAUAUCAGCCACUAAAUUCUGCAAAAUGUAUCUGUGAAUGUAUAGAAUCUCCAAAUAAAUGCUUCUUAAAAGGAAAAAGGUUUCAUCACCAGACAUGCAGUUGCUACAGACCACCAUGUACAGUUAGAACGAAACGCUGUGAGCCUGGAUUUUAUUAUAGUGAAGAAGUGUGCCGCUGCGUACCCACAUAUUGGAAAAGACCACUUAUUAAUUAGUGAAGAAAGCACUCCUUGCCAUUUUGGUGUACAUUUCUCCAUUAAAAAAACAACUGUGUUAACAUUGGAAUUAACUGUGCACCAGAGAUCCUGUGGGAGUCACAGAGACAGACACAUUGUGCUUUUUCCCCCCAAGAAAUAUGGAAAGCACAUGUAGACAAUAAUGGGGCUCAUGUUGUGUAAAGAACUCACUAAGGACUUGUUUUUCUGCCAAUGACCAAACAGCCUUGGUUUUCCUCCUUGUGAUUUUUUUAAAAAGAGAUAAUGACUAUAUAAUUUAUUGCCACUAAAAACUUUGUGCAGCAUUCCUGUUUAUAGCAGUAACAAUUGUUAAAGCUCACUGUGAUCAAUAUUUUUAUAUCAUGCAAAAUAUGUUUAAAUAAAAUGAAAAUUGUAUUAUA